UUACAUAUCGAUAAUAAACUAUUAAGUGUUUUUAAAGCUAUAAAGUAUAUAAAAAUAGGAAAUUUAAUGGGGUAGAAUUGUUGCUCAUAGUGUAAUACUAAGGUAGCUGAAUAGUUCACUUUAGAAUGUGACGAAGGUACUGAUUAGUAAUAACUAGAGGCAGUUAAGGCUUAGUUUAAGUUUAUAAAUACAAAUUAGAUUCCUAUUUUGCUGCAAUCACAAUUAUUCAAAAGUGAAUUUGUUAGGGAAAUAAAUGCUCACCAAAAGCUCAACAAAAUUGCUUACUUAUAAAAUGUGAAAAUAUAGUCGAUUAUAAACGAUCCUCUAGGGUUAUAUUUGGAGCAGUAGUUUUGCUUUGAAAUGAAUCGAUACUAACUAAAUGUCCCUAUUCUCUCUGUCAAUUUGAUUACUGAUUGGUAGAAGAUGAAGAAUAUUGUUCAGUAGAGAUUAUAAUUUGAUCGUUGUCUACUUAACGUAAUGCUGCAAGAAUUUUAGGGCAAUAAAUUUAUUCAGCCAUUGAAUGACAGGAUAUUCAACUAAUUCUGUUCAAUUCAAAUUCUGUAAGAGCUUUUUGUUUCAAUUGAUGAAAUGCUCAAUCAGUCUCAAUAAAAUUUAUUUCCUCACAAUUAAAAUCAAAAUUUUGAUAAAAACAAUAAAGUUAAAUAAUAUGACUAAGCCGUAGCAAAUUUAAACAUAGAUCAAUUAUAGUUUAGCAAGUACGCGAAUGAAGAGUUUAUUUACAUUCCCAUUAUUAAUUUAACAUUUAGAGAGCUUUCUUAAAAUGCUAUAAAUACGCAAUUUAUAGAUUGCAGAAACAUCUCUUUAACAGGAUAUAGCAAUAUAGAGUUUGUCUUAAAAGCUACUCAAAUGAUGUAAAUGUGUAUCUCCGUUUUAAAACAUUAGCAAUAAGCAAGUCCUUCACUAAAUAUAAACCCUUCCGUGCACAAAGAUAUAAGCAACUAUUAAAUAUAUGUAUUAGUUUUGCAUAAAACUUAAGUUUAAAUACAAAAUAUGCAAAUAAUAAAAACAAGAAACAUAGAAAUAAAUAAAUAUCUUUUAUGUGAUUAGUAAGCACUAAUACUUAAAUAAUAAAUUUAUUUUUAAUAAGAUCAGUUAGCUUUUCUUCUCAGUGAGCCAGUAUAAUAGUAGUUUUCAAGCUAGUUUUUAGAUGAGUUGUUAAUGUAUAAGGUGUUAAAUAAAAACACAAUCAACUAUGUUGAUAAAUAUGUAUUCAAUUUAAGAAAAACUAUUUUCGAACAAUUGACAAAAAUUUAUAUAUAGUCUUGUAAAGAUAUCCAAAAACCGUAGCUUUUUGAAGAUUAUUUGACAAAUAGCUUGAUAUAUUUCCUUAAAAGGAGUCAAGAAAGCAUUCUAUAAUAAUUAAAUGAUAAUAUAAGCAAUCACUAAGAUAAAAACAGCUUUAGUAAGAUAGUAAUUACAACAAAAAAUGGUAACUUAAAACCACAAGACAUAAUAAACAUGAGUGAAUACGCUGAUUUUGUCUUCAGCACUUGUUCAAGCAUAAUAUUUGAUGAAUAUUUCAGUAAAUUUUACUUUUAAAUUUUACAAGAUCAAGACAAUUAGCAGAUAAAGUAGACAACAACAACAAAUAUAUUCAGCAUAAUAGAAAAAAUCGUUUACAGUUUAAAUAAAAUUAAGCAAUCUAAUAAAUAAAAUAAUUAUACGAUUGAAUCUGAAAAUUUCUAUACAGAGGCUAUUUAAGAAAAUAAUAAAAUAUUUAGUAAUGGUUAAAGAAAAGAAACAGAUAUUUAAAAUAAUAACAAAAAUAAUAAAUUAAGUUAUAAUGGAGCUAUCAAUUAGCAAAGAGAUUCAAAUUUUUUAUAAAAUGCUUAAAAUUAAUUUAAAUAAAAAUUAAAUUAACUAAAUAAAAGUGAUUAAUAUCAUGAACCGUAAAAUUUUUACUCUCCUGUUUAUCAAGAAAGGUUUGUAAAGUAAAACUAUACUCCAAUAUAAGAAACUCCACUAACUACGGAUCAAAUCAUAAACAGUCUACCUAUUUCUCCUUCAAACUUGCAUGAAAAAAAAGAAGGAAAUUUUACACCAAAAUAACAUUUUUAAGGAUAAUAAUAGCAAAUUUAGCACAUUUAACAAAUUGAUAACAAUCAAAAUUCACCUCUUAAAAAUAAAAAUAUUUUCAAAUUAAAUAUUAACAAAAAAAAUAACUUUAUUGAUAGCAAUAAUUAUAAUAAUAUAAAUUAAUACUUAUAGAAUAGAGCAAAUCCUGAUAAUUAUAAAAAUAACGCAUCAGGUAAUAAUAGCACUAUAAACGAAAAAAUAAAUUAAACAGCAAAUAACGAAAAUAAUAAAUUUAUUAAAUAAAAUGAUAGAAAAGAUAUAAUUUAACAAUAAAAUAAUCAUAUAAACUUUAGAAAUGGAAAUAGCCAUAUCUAUAACAGCCCUCAAAAAAACGGAAUUAAUACAAAUCAAAUUGAAAAGAGUAAUGAUAAUAUAAUUUUAAAUAAUCCAAGCAAAAAGAGUUUAGAUAGAUAAAAUUAUGUAAAUAAAAGUAACUUAAGAUAUAAAGAUGAUACUUAGAGAGAAAGUGAUGUCUAAAGUUUAGAAUAAAAUCAAAAAGUGAAGAAUGUUAAUUUUAAUUUAUCAAACUCGAAAGUCAGCUAGAAUAAUGAAAAUAACAACAAUAAUUAAUUUUAAGGUUCACUUCGAAAAUUAAACGAAAAUAAUGAAUAAGAAAGUAAUGGCGGUUAUGAUUCACCAACUUUUCUUUCAAGUAAAAAUAUAAACAGCUCAUUUAAUGUUUUUGAUUAAUAAGACAUAUAACAAAAUAUUAGAAAUUCUCACAAAAAAUAAGUUAAUGAGAAUAAUGUUGCUUUCUAAGAGAGGACUAGUUAUUUACAUUCUGUAAACUCCAUGCAUUUAUCCAAAUUGGAUUUAUUUCAAAAAACAGAAAUUUACAACAAAAAAUUAGAUUUGUAUUUGGGGUGUAUAUUUGGUUCAUUUUUAGGAGAUUCUAUGGGAUUGUUCAUCAGAUACAAAAAAUAAUUUUCCAUCAAAGAAAUCUAACAAUCAAUCAAUAUGGAAUAUCAGCCGAGCAUCAUUUUGCCUAACCCUGCACAACUUUCAGAAAUAUCUGAAUUAUCUCUUGAAAUUGGGUAUGGACUUAGCUGUAAAUACGGAGUUUUUGAUUAAAAGGAAAUUGCUAUGAAUUUGAUUGAGUGGGUUAAUUCAAGACCUCCAUUUAAUAUUGAUAAUAAAUAGUUUUAUAAAGUACUUAGACAAGUUUCUAAUUUAUAAGAUGAUAUCAAACCAGAGGAACUAUACAAAUAAAUAUAACAGAAAUUUUUGUUUGAUUAAAAUGAAGAUAAUUAAGUAGAAGUUUUAGCUAGAGUUUGCUUUUUAGCAGUAUUUACCAGUGCUGUUAUGGAUGAAGAUAUGAUCAAAAUUAUAAAAAGUUUAGUUUUGAUGUUUACCCAUCCAUCAGAUUAGCUGCUGACAAACGCUUGUCUUGCUAUUUGUUAUUGCAUUAAAUAAAUAAUAAACUCAAACCUAGAUAGAAAAAGUAUAUUCGAAAAAACUAUGAAGUUCUGCCUCACUCAUAUCAUGGAUAGCUAAAUUAUUGAAAUACUCUAACAUUCUACAAAUCCUAUUAUGAAGGUAUUUGAUCAUCUUACUAUUUAGUAAUAGCCUCUUCAGUUCGCUGUUUACAUGGCAUUUUAUUUUUUCUACCAUAACUUUGGAUUUGAAAGUUCUCUUUAAAAUAUUUUCUCAUAUGGAGGUGAUAGUUGUUUAUUUGGUUCAAUUGUUGGCUGUUUAAUAGGCGCAAUUAUCGGUUUUGGAAAUCUUCCACAAACUCAAUUAUAAAAAAUGAUGAAUUUCAACCCUGAAAAUGUUAAAUUUUUCUUAAGGCCUGAGAGAUACAGUCCUAAGAAUGGGUAUAACAUUGCAAAAGAAAUCUUAGAAUUUUAUUUUUCAAAGGAAUGA